CAGCUCCGAAAAAAAAAAGCUCGUGCAAACCCUAGAUCGACCGACCCGCUCCCCAUUCGCUGCGAAUCCCGCCAUUCCUUGUCCUGAUUCCCCGGCCGGCGAGUCGGAGCGCAGCUGCGAGGCGGCCGGCCGGCGAGUGGGCCUGACGCGCAUCCGACCCCAGAGACACCUUCUGUUCGCUUGUCGCUCCCCCAGCCAACCAUGGCGGCGGAGGGGGAGGCCAAGGAUACCAAUCCCCCCGUGGGCAGCGUCGGCGGCGGCGGCGAGAGCACCACCCUGGAGGAGGGAGUGAUGCAUGAGGCGGGAGGAGGGCAGGAACCGGAGGAGGAGGACGCGGGUCGAGAGGAGAAGUACGGCGACGCUGGGGGCGAGUGUAAAGAUCUGGUCCUGGUUGAGGAGGACCCUGUCGUCCUGCUCGAGGAUCCGGACGAAGCCGCAGCAACUGAAGCACUUCAGGAAGAAAUGAGAGCGCUUGUGGCGUCUGUCCCCGAAGGUGCUGGGGCAUCGUUUACUGCAAUGCAGCUGCAGGAGCUAGAGCAGCAGUCUCGGGUCUACCAGUAUAUGGCUGCCCGUGUGCCUGUUCCUACCCAUCUUGUCUUCCCCAUCUGGAAGAGUGUUACUGGUGCAUCCUCAGAAGGCGCCCAGAAUUACCCUACUUUGAUGGGGUUGGCAACACUCUGCUUGGACUUCGGGAAGAGCCCAGAACUAGAACCAGGGAGGUGCCGGCGAACAGAUGGAAAAAAGUGGCGCUGCUGGAGAAAAACUAUCCCAAACGAGAAAUAUUGUGAACGACAUAUGCACCGUGGUCGCAAGCGUCCCGUACCGCUUGUUGUCGAAGAUGAUGAGCCUGUUUCUGCAUCAGGGUCAAAAUCCUCAUCUGGCAAGGUCGCCGAAGGUGGCAAGAAGACUGACGAGAAGAGCUCGAGUAGCAAGAAGCUUGCAGUUGCAGCACCAGCUACUGUGGAGUCUCUACAUGAUUGAUGAUGCAUCAUUUAGAAGCUCCCUUCUUAUUGUAAUCCUCAGAAGACUCUAGUCUUGUCUAGCUAUAACCUCAUUAAGCAAAAUGUCUGUGGGAAGAAGCCACAAAAACUCCAGUUUAGUUGUCACUGAAAAUUCAGUUUAGGUGUAUAGUUUGAAUUAGCUUUGUCGUGCCUUCGGCCUUUGGGCAGGCGAUGCGGCAUGAUUGGAUAAAUCCUCCCUUACUGAUAAGUCGCAUUGUGACUCAAGAAACCAAUGGAAGGAUCUGUGAGCGAGACUAGAUACUGAACUAUUUGAUGUGUCUUUUUAUUGGCCCUCACAAUCGUGUGAUUUGUCAGUUGCAUAACAAAUGGAUGUUCCAUAAUUUUAUUCCCUAUGGAGAUUCAGUUAGCUA